GUUCAGGUGUGAUGUUCAGGUGUGAUGUUCAGGUGUGAUGUUCAGGUGUGAUGUUCAGGUGUGAUGUUGAGAGUACUAUUGCAGGCAUCGUUGUGGGUGCGUCGGAUCCGAGUUACUUUCAGCGCCUCUGUGUCGAUCGCAGUGUGGCCAGAGUACUCGCACGCCGAGCUGUUGCUCGUUGCUGCUGUUCAUUGCUGUUCAUUGCUGUUCAUUGCUGUUCAUUGCUGUUCGUUGCUGCUGUUGCUCGUUGCUCCUUGCCAACUGCCCCACACUCGUCGGCAUUUUCAGCAGCAUCAGCACCAGCGUCAGCACUAGCGGCCCGCGUGCGAAUGCGCUCUCGCCAGCGAGGCCGAGAGCGGCUGAAACGCAGUGGCCAACGUGGCCGAGAGCGCGCCGAGGACCCGCCGAGAGCACCAGCCAAUGCACGCACUCCCAGCCACCCGGCGUGCUGCGUGGGAAACCUCUCUUCUUCGGCGCAUGCACUUGCCUUGUGCCCAUGUACAGCCAGCCGCAGGUGGAUCCAAGACAAGCGCCUCCUCGUCCUUCGCCGGCCUGUUCUGGAACGGCCCUUGGACGCACGCGCUGGCCGUGGUCCUGCUGCGAGGCCGUCGCAUGCAGUCGCGCAUGCUGAUGCUCCCACGACCCCCGCUCGUCUGCGAUUCGAUCGGAAGCGCUGCCAAUCGCCGCAGGUGGUUCUUCUUCCAUGGAUCGAGCAGCCCCCCUGGCGCGUGCGCUUGGGGUUCGUGUAUGGCUCGCUGCAAGCCGCCAGAACAGCCACGGCCGGUCGACGAAAAGCUUCCACCAUCCCCGAAGGAGCACCGGUCGUGCACCAAGUGAUGCAUUCUUGCGUCAGAGAAACUGGUUCGGAAGCUGGCUCCGGGAUUCUGCCGAUCGCUUGGGAACAAGCCCGCCGAUCUCAAAGCCGCCAGCGAAUCUGGGAACGUGUGGGGUCGAUCUCGCCGAUCACGGACUGCUCGCCCCGGCUGCGUGGCCUGCAUCAUCGACUCGGCUUGGCUCGGCUCGGCUCGGUUCGGUUCGGUUCGGUUCGGUUCGGAUGACUGUAUUCAGAUCCGCUCUUGGCGCUUCAUCGCUUUUGCCGUUUCAUCGCCAGCAGCAUCUCCCACCCUGUCCAGGCGCAAGCGAGAAUGCCCACCGUUCGCACGCUCCAUCGCACUUGUCGCUGCACCGAGGAUGGGCCAAACACGACCCAGAGACCGGCCAAUGACACCAGAGACCAGUAUCCGACUCCCAUCGGCGUUGCCAGCACCGCAAGCGACCCCGACGAUCGCAAGAGCGAGCGCC